AUGCACUCAAGAACAAGCAGCGUGCCGAGCACACCGUCUUCAUCGCUUUCCAAAGUGGCGAGUCGACCACCACUCUUGACUCCCAAACGACCUUUAUCAGCACAAUCGAACAGCUCCUCUGCAUCUGCCGACUCACUCGCAGCAAGACUUGCCCGCGUCAACACCCCAGUCCUCCUCAACUCCACCCACAAGAAAUACAAGGCCCCGUUAUCGGUUGAAAGUCGUAAGAACAUCUCGAAACCAAAGACGACACUCGCACCCGUGCCAGGAACACCCACGAAGAGGGAUGGUACACCUAGUCGACCACGAACCCCAAAUACCCCAAGAAGCAGGAGCGGAGCGGAAAGUCCAUCUCUAAUGCCAGCAACGAGCGAAAUGGACGUCAGCGUCGUGGAUCCAGAAGCAGUUCUUGUGGACUCGCAAACCGUCGAGCCUGGUGAUAUUAGUGGCGAGAUUGACGAAGCAUGGCUGAAAGCAGCAGAACUUGAUCAUGGCAAGCAAGAUAAAGUCAUGGUCUCUAUCCGAGUACGUCCCACAGAAUCUACUUCCGCCUGGUACCCAACACCUUCAACUAAUUCCCUCAAACUCAACCCCGAAUGUGCCCGUCACGCCGCCAGUUCCUCGGCUGGGUCAAACACUUCAUUCAACUUCGACGCCGUUCUGACAGGCUCAGCCAACAAGCCCGUAUACACCGCCGUCGCCCGGUCACAUGUCCAUGCCGCCAUGGAAGGCUUCAACGCCGUCAUCUUCGCCUAUGGACAAACUGCGUCAGGCAAGACGUUCACUUUGUCCGGAGACGAGGACGAACCCGGCAUCAUCCCUCGCGCAAUGAGAGAUGUAUUCGGAUUCAUCAAGCGAACGUCGGAGAGGGAGUACCUCCUCCGGUGUAGCUACCUCGAGAUUUACAAUGAAACGAUUGUUGACCUCCUCGCACCACCGAUGAUGGCCAAGACGUCCCCUGUGCAGAUCCAAGGCGGAGCUGGCGGCGAGAUAAUUCUAGCGCCUCUUAGGGAAGAGGUCGUUACGAGUCUGAAGAGUGUCAAGGACGUGCUGAAGCGCGGCGAAGGCAACAGACGAACAGCAUGCACUGACUGGAAUGAACGCUCCAGUCGCAGCCACAGCGUCUUACGGCUUGUUGUCGAAAGUAGAGAACGAGGUUCGAGUUCGCCAUCAGAAGAUGAUCACGACGACGUUCCCAGUCUUAAUGGGCGGCAAACUCCAGGCUUGAACGGAAGACAGACACCAGGACCAAGGCUGCAGGCUCGAGGGGGACGAAGCGUGCAGACAUCCGUGCUGUCUCUCAUCGAUCUUGCUGGUUCAGAAAAGGCGACACCGGAUAAGGAAAGGACUAGAGAGGGAAAGUACAUCAACACCAGCCUGCUGACCCUUGGUACCGUCAUCGGCACGCUCGCAGAUAACGCUGCAAAACACAAAGCCGACCACGUUCCAUACCGCAACUCUAAGUUAACACGGAUGCUACAGCCCUCGCUCUCUGGCAAUGCACGCAUCAGCGUGAUAUGCACGAUAAACCCCGACGUCGGCGCCAUCUCAGAGAGCAUGAGCACGCUGCUCUUUGCGAAGAGGAUCAAGAACGUGCAGCUGAACGCGAAGAAGAAGGAGGUCGUAGAUACGGAUGCUCUCAUUGAGCGAUACCGUAAGGAGAUUGAAGAGCUCAAGGCGAGGCUUGCCGAGAGGGAGGCUGAGGCGCCUGUUCGUAAUCGACGCCUGUCCGCGCGAGAGCAAAUUGACGAAUCGAAGGCCAUGAGAGACCUUAAUGGCCGUAUUCAACAACUGACGAAGCUCAUCUUAACCAGCGCCACAGUCGAUGAGAGCAAAGAGAGUGACAGCCGGCCGUCGAGUCCUGUCAAGAUUGAUUUCGACAUGUCUCCGUAUCAAUUGCAACAAGAGCUCCUCGCUGCUCGUCUCCAACUCGACACACAAGCAAACCAGAUUCUCUCCCUCGAAGCCAGUCUGCUUGCCCGGCCACCCCUGCCUGCAGAUGCGCCUUCAGAGGAGAAGGACAAGCUCAUCGCCGAGCAGGCUAAGUCGAUCCGCGAGCUCGAGAUCGUCGUUCGUGGGUACGAAGACAACCUCGGCGAACCGCUACGGAAAGUCAAGGAGGAUGUAGAGAAGGAGUGGUCCGAGAAGUUCGAGGAAGAAAGAAGGAAGAGGGAGGAGAAGGAGAGGUGGGCAGAGGAGGUCGUCAAAGCUCUGGAGAAGGAGAAACAGAUGCGGAAGAAGCUUGAGGAAGAACGUCGAGCUCUCGCCAGCUUCGUCUCCAUGUUCGACUCCCUUGGUUUCACAGCAAUUCCGCCCUCGAAGAUGAACAUCCCAUUACCCACACCCGGCGGGGCGAAAACAGCCUACGAACGACGCCAAUCGCGGAACUUCUCUUCCUCAUCGAUGAGGUCAAGCAAAUUGCCUCGCAUAUCGGACGUGACGAUCCAAGCAGAGCACAUAGGGCUCUGGCAGGACGUCACUGGCGCGACCGCUGACGGCGGCUACAGUCCUGUGCGCUUGGACGGCUUGCAGCGGGCUCGGUCGCAGCCCAGCCUGAUGGACCAGGCGAUGCCCGAGGUCGUUCUCGAUGGCGUCGCGGACGUGAGCUUCGACGAGAUGGAGGUGGAGAACCAGCUCUUGGAUGUCUCAAUCUACGUCCCUGACUCGGGGGUGCCAAUGAAGAUGUUUGGAAUUGCAGGCUUGGACAAGUUGGGGGCGGUGAAGACGAGAGACGUGUUUGGCGACAAGGAGAACGUCCUCCCAGCUUGA